AUCGAAUUGUGAAACAACCACUGGUCGUCUCGCAGGCUAUAAAAGCUCAAAAUACGGCUUUUGAAUCAGCCAAUCAGAUUCAAGUAUUUUCGUUUCCGUGUGAGUUGUAGAUUCGGGCCAGCAACAUCACAAACAUUCAAAAAACAAAAUGGCGAAGGCUGGAAGCUCAAGGAGAAUUUCUCUUGAAGAUGCUGUCAAUUAUAUGCUUGAAACUGAUGAUUCUGACAUCGAUUCAUGUCAUGGGGGCCUCAGUAGUGACGAAGAAGAAAGAAUAGAUAAUGCUUUAUUGGGUUACUACUCGGAUUGGGAUGAAAAUGAUCCAAAUGCUGAUGUUGAAAGCAAUCUUGUCGGUCGCUCAUCACCGCCUCCUUCUUCACCGCCACCGCCGCUGUCCACAAACUCGACUGAAACGUUGAACAAUGAAAGUCAAGUAACUGCUCUAAAUUCUGCUGUUUCUCUAACAUUCUGUGCCAAUAAUAAUGUUCCUGACCAUGCCACAGUCACUAAUGAGCCCAGUACGAGAAUUUCUCGUCGCACGCGCCGUCCUCGAAAACAGGUUAUUGAUUUGGGGUCAACCGAUGAUGACUGCGAUAACAAAGAAAACAUUUGCGAGAAACAUACCUCUACAAAAAAAGGUAAAAAGAAGCCAGCUAACAAGAAACCAGCCAAUAAGAAGCCAGCUAAUAAGGAGCCAGUAGCACAUAAGAAUACCAAGAGUUAUGAUGAUCCAGAUACUCCAAACAUUCUACCAGAUUUUACUCCGACACGUGACCCAGGAUUGCAUUGUGAUGUUCCAUUGAUACGCGGCGUUCAAGAAAUUGAUUUUUUCCAACUAUUCUUUAGUGAGGAAUUGAUUCAGGAUAUAGUGAAGCAUACUAAUACAUAUGGCUGGAGAAACAUCAGCAAAAAGAAAAGUUGUGCAAAAAAAGAUGGGUCAUGGAAAGAAACCUCUGUCCACGAGAUGAAGCAAUUUAUACUGGAGUGUCAAAUCACUGUUUCAUGGUUUAUGGGCAAGGGAGAUGCUGUCCAGGAGUAG